AUGCUCUUCCACAACCGCAAGACCCAGCUCCUGCUGGUCAACUCCCUGACGUUCGGCCUGGAGGUCUGCCUGGCUGCAGGGAUCACCUACGUGCCCCCGCUGCUGCUGGAAGUGGGUGUGGAGGAGAAGUUCAUGACCAUGGUUUUGGGGAUAGGACCAGUCCUUGGCUUGGUUUUUGUCCCACUGAUUGGAUCUGCCAGCGACCACUGGCACAGCAGCUAUGGCCGAAGGCGACCUUUCAUCUGGAUGCUUUGCCUGGGAGUCCUGCUGAGCCUCUUCGUUAUCCCGCAUGCCAGCAGCCUGGCCAGCCUGUUCGCCCUCAACACGCGCCCGCUGGAGAUUGCCUUCCUCAUCCUGGGCAUCGGGUUGCUGGAUUUCUGCGGCCAGGUCUGCUUCACUCCGCUGGAGGCCCUGCUCUCAGACCUCUUCCAGGAGCCAGACAACUGCCGCCAAGCCUUCUCCAUGUACGCCUUCAUGAUCAGCCUGGGGGGCUGCAUUGGCUACCUCCUUCCAGCCAUUGACUGGGACGGCAGCUUUCUGGCCCCGUACUUGGGCGGGCAGGAGACCUGCCUCUUCAGCCUCCUUGCCCUCAUCUUCCUGGGCUGUGUGCUGGCCACACUCUUCGUGACAGAGGAGGCGGCCGCACAGGUAGACGUCCCGGAUGGCCCAGCGCCAAAGGACAUUCCCCCUAAGCCCUCACCUCCUGCCUGCUGCUCUUGCCAGCUCUCCAGGAGCUCGUGUCUGCUGCAGGCCAGGCACAUGGUGCAGGCCCUGAGAAACCUCUGCACGCUGGUGCCACGGCUCCACAGCCUCUACUGCCGCAUCCCCAAGGUCAUCCGGCGCCUCUUCGUGGCUGAGCUGUGCAGCUGGAUGGCACUCAUGACUUUCAUGCUGUUCUACACGGACUUUGUUGGGGAAGGGCUGUACCAUGGCGUUCCCAGAGCCAAGCCAGGCACAGAUGCCAGACGCCACUACGAUGAAGGCGUCCGGAUGGGCAGUCUGGGGCUCUUCCUGCAGUGUGUCACAUCCAUCUUCUUCUCGACAAUCAUGGACCGGCUGGUGAAGCGGUUUGGGACGCGGGCGGUCUACCUGGCCAGCGUGGUGUUCUUCCCGGCGGCUGCCUUCGUCAUGUGCCUUUCCCACAGCGUCAUCGUUGUCACCAUCUCAGCCGCGCUGACGGGCUUCACCUUCUCUGCACUCCAGAUCCUGCCCUACACGCUGGCGUCGCUGUAUCAUCACGAGAAACAGGUAUUUUUGCAUAAAUACAAGAGCAAAGAGGAGGAAGACGCAGCUCGAUUGAACAAGAAAUCAGCCUUCUCCAAAGGCCUUCUUUCCAGCCAGAAGCUGCCUUACCAGAAUGGACACGCUGGGAGCCUCUUCUCUUCCUCCUCUUCCUCCUCUGCCCCGGCUGCCAGCUCGGCUCUGUGCGUCAGCUCCUCCUGCGACGUCUCGCUCAUGAUGAUGGUGGGAGAGCCGGACUCGGUGGCUCCUGGCCGAGGGAUCUGCCUGGACCUGGCUAUUCUGGACAGUGCUUUCCUCCUCUCUCAGGUCGUCCCCUCCCUCUUCAUGGGGUCCAUCGUCCAGUUUACGCAGUCCGUGACUGCCUACAUGGUGUCAGCUGCCGGCUUUGGCCUGGUAGCCAUUUACUUCGCAACCAAAGUUGUCUUUGAUAAGAGUGACAUGGCAAAGUAUUCGGUGUGA